CUCUCUCUCUCUACGCUUUCGAUUUUCAAUUUUCGAAUUCCAAUUCUCAUUAGCGUGAUUUUAUUUUACCAAUUCAAUCGUAUUUGUUUUCUAUUCAAUGAACAAAAUCAAUGCAUUUUUCGUUAGCUUUUUGUAUAUUGAUACAUUCAUGCUUCAGAAUUUCUUGUUUUUCUCAUAUUUUCAGUUAUUAUCGGUAGAAACUGGAUUACUCAUUAUUCAUUAAAUCAUAAUUAUCUAUUAUAGUUUCCGUGUAUGUGUUGUUGUAUUUGUAGCUCUAGGACUAGAAGCUUCCAAUCCUUCAUUGUUGUGAAACUAGAUGAAAUCAAAUUUUCCAACGUAAAUAUUUUUAAAUAACUUCAUUUUUUUAUUUUUCUUAAGUUCCUUUGAUUAGUCAGAAUUGUUCUUUUUCUUUAAGCUUGAAGCUACUUGUGUUCUACGGUGACAAAAUUUGAUUUUUGGUGAAUUGAUUCCGGCUAAAAGUUAGUUCAAGGUUAAUUGAUGUAAAAGUGAGUUUAAGGAUGAUAAUUUUGAGUGUAAAUAUCAAUUCUACAAUAAAAAGCUACAAUUUGUAGCUUCAAGUUAGAAUCAAUUUUGACGCCAAAAUAAAUUCUACUAGAGAGCAACCAAACAUGUCAAAGUCAAUUUGCUUUGGUUCCUCCAAAAGUGGAAUCGAACAUGUGGACAACUUUUUUGUAAUUUGUUUAAUUUAGAAGAUAGUGAUUGAGACAUUAUGUUUUUGUUCAAUUUGACAAAUUACACAUGUAAUUGGUGCAAUUUUUUUGUUCAAUUUGAGAGAAUGGACACAUUAUGUUUUAUACUAUAGUCUACUCAAUCUCUUCCUUUUGAAGUUUUUACUACCUAUGUAGUAGCUUUGUUGAUGCUAAAUAUGUUGCUUUUCAAUUUCAUUCAAUUUUAGGUUCCUUAUUUAUCUUAAUCUUAUAUUUCAUUGUAUAUUAUUGUUUAACGUAAUGUUGGUUCCUUGCGAAAGAGUGUAGUUGAUAUGGUAUCUAAUGUGAUUGGUUUCAUGUGAUUUGUAGAUUUUUUUCAUUGUUGCUAGAAGAAGUUGUUUCAAAAAAAGGAGGAAAUGGAUUUCUUUUUUAAGGGAAUGAAUGGAGAUGGAUCUGAUUGCCCCUUUGAUAUGAGAGACAUCCAAAGGUGCCCGUUUUUGAGAAAUAUCGAUGAACCUACAAACUUCUCUUUUGCUUCAACAAAAUUCUCCAUUCCUGUGCAUGGAGCCAAGGGUCCUAUAUUUGAAGAUGGUCCUAGUUUUGAUAUGGCUUUUAAGCUAUUUCAUGGGAAAGAUGGCAUUGUUCCUCUUUCUGAGAGAUCUGACUUUCAUAAUGGUAACAAGGAAGCUGAUUCGAUGCCUGUUUUUAACCCUUUGGCUGGAAGAGCUGCUUCCAUUAGUCUAUCAUCCUUUGGAUUAGGUGGCCCAUUUAAUUUUGGGGAUUUUUCUGAGAAAUGGAAGAAACAGAAGAAUUCUGAAUCAUCAAACAAAAAGGAAUAUUCGUCUCAGGAAGGAGAAAUGUCAAAGCACGAAGCACUUGGAAACGAAUGGUUGGAAAAUGGUAACUGCCCAAUUGCCAAGUCUUAUAGAGCCGCAAGCCGUGUUGUCCCCCUUGUUGCAACAGCUUUGAAGCCACCAACUGCCAUGAAAUUUAAAUGCCCAGCAGCAGUUGUUGCUGCCAGGGCCGCCCUUGCUCGUACAGCCUUUGUUAAAAACUUGCGACCUCAGCCUCUUCCUGCUAAGAUGCUUGCUAUUGCUGCGUUAGGCAUGGCUCUUAACGUGCCUUUGGGUAUGUGGAAGGAGCAUACCAAGAAGUUCUCAUUGUCUUGGUUUGCAGCUGUGCAUGCUGCCGUUCCCUUUAUAGCCAUGCUUCGGAAGUCUGUACGGAUGCCUAAAUCAGCAAUGGCUCUGACCAUCGCAGCUUCUAUCCUCGGACAGGUUAUUGGCUCUAGAGCUGAGCGUAUCCGGAUGAAAGCAAUAGCUGAGAUGGGAAAAGUGACGACACUAACAGAAACCACAAGCAGUGUCACAACGUAUGAUACCAGGCAGCUUGAUGACUUCAGGACCCGUCGCUGUGGUGCAGAAGGAAUGGUUCUCAACUCAAUCCCCAUAAAAGAUGCCGGUACGAGUUCAACUGCCAAUACAUGUUAUUGACCUAUAAAAUCAAUUCAAGUUUGAUUUUUAGUAAUAUUGAUGAUCUGAAAUGAUAGGAAAAUGGAUUACUAAAAAAAUAAAAAGUUUAUGUACUGUCUAUGUAAUACAAAGAAAUCAAGACAUGCAGAUACUUUGCAUCCAGAGUAUACUAUACUAUACACACAAUUAAUAACUGAAUUCUGAUAAAAUUUCCAUUGUCUUAAGAACAA